AAGCUUGGGGCUCAAACCAUCUCCUCCGACUCCCGCACCGAUCUGCUAUUCCAUCGCUGCAUCUAUCAUCGGACCUCUUGUUUGGCAAUCUUCAGCUUCGCCAGUGCAGCAUACCCACCUAUACAUCCCUUGUUGCUGUGGGGAACCUUCAAUUUCAGCUAUGGGAGACAGCCAGUACUCGUUUUCGCUCACCACUUUCAGUCCGUCUGGAAAAUUGGUGCAGAUCGAAUAUGCCUUGAUGGCUGUAGGUGCAGGUCAAACUUCUCUCGGGAUCAAAGCUUCGAACGGGGUGGUGAUUGCCACAGAGAAGAAGCUCCCUUCAAUUCUUGUCGAUGAAUCUUCGAUAAACAAGAUUCAGUCACUGACGCCAAAUAUCGGAGUCGUCUACAGUGGUAUGGGUCCUGAUUCUCGUGUCUUAGUUCGCAAAAGCCGGAAGCAAGCACAAACGUAUCAGCGACUUUAUCAGGAACCCAUUCCAUUGUCGCAAUUGGUUAGAGAGACAGCUGCAGUGAUGCAGGAGUUCACACAAUCAGGAGGUGUGAGACCUUUUGGCGUGUCCCUACUGGUGGCUGGGUAUGAUGAUAAUGGUCCUCAACUCUAUCAGGUGGAUCCUUCAGGAUCGUACUUCUCAUGGAAGGCAUCAGCAAUAGGCAAGAAUGUGUCCAAUGCCAAGACUUUCCUAGAGAAAAGGUAUACCGAUGACAUGGAACUCGAAGACGCUAUUCACACAGCGAUUCUUACCUUGAAGGAAGGGUUUGAAGGUCAAAUAUCGGGGAAGAAUAUCGAGAUUGGCAUCAUUGAUGACAAGCGUGUUUUCAAAGUUUUAACACCAGCGGAAGUUGAAGAUUAUCUUGCCGAAGUCGAGUAAACUUACAAGACUGAGAUUACUGAUCAAUUGUUCUGGUGUAUAGAGGAUGUAUCUCUAGACAGGUUGGCCACUGUUAUUCGUUUAGUUUUCAAUUUACUGGGAUUCGAAGUGAACAUUUUGAAGUUGCAGAUUACAUCACAAUUUCACAUCAAUGCAGUAAACAUCUUUCCCUUCUUGUGUCA